GCGACCCCCUGACCCGCAGGCCUCACAGCGGGUGGCCAAGAUGAUGUCCUACGGAGAGAGGCUGGGGAGCCCAGCUGUCUCCCCACUCCCAGUCCACAGGGGGCACGUGAUGCGAGGGGCCGCCUUUGCCUACGUGCCCAGCCCGCCGGUCCUGCACAGGGUCCCAGGAACCUCUGCCUAUGCCUUCCCCAGCCUGGGCCCCGUGGCCCUCACCGAGCACAGCUGCUCCUGUGGGGAGGCCUCGGAGCGCCACGGCCCGCUGCCCGCCAAGCUGGCCCUGGAGGAGGAGCAGAAGCCAGAGCCGGGGCUGAUCCCGAAGCUGUGCAGGGCUGGCACCACACUGCUCAAGGUGCCACUGAUGCUCGCCUUCCUCUACCUCUUCGUCUGCUCCCUGGAUGUGCUCAGCUCGGCCUUCCAGCUGGCUGGAGGGAAGGUGGCUGGCGACAUCUUCAAGGACAAUGCCAUCCUGUCCAACCCGGUGGCGGGGCUGGUGGUGGGGAUCCUGGUGACAGUGCUUGUGCAGAGCUCCAGCACCUCUACGUCCAUCGUUGUCAGCAUGGUCUCCUCUGGCUUGCUGGAGGUGAGCUCUGCCAUCCCCAUCAUCAUGGGCUCCAACAUCGGCACCUCUGUCACCAACACCAUUGUGGCCCUGAUGCAGGCAGGGGACAGAACUGACUUCCGGCGGGCCUUCGCGGGGGCCACGGUGCACGACUGCUUUAACUGGCUGUCAGUUCUGGUACUGCUGCCCCUGGAGGCUACUACCGGCUACCUGCACCACGUCACUGGACUCGUGGUGGCCUCCUUCAACAUCCGUGGCGGGCGUGAUGCUCCUGACCUGCUCAAAAUCAUCACGGAGCCCUUCACAAAGCUCAUCAUCCAGCUGGACAAGUCUGUGAUCACCAGCAUUGCCACUGGGGAUGAGUCCCUGAGGAACCACAGUCUCAUCCGGAUCUGGUGCCACCCAGACACCAUGGAGGCUCCCACCUCCAUGUCUAGGGCAGAAGCCAACACCAGCCAGACCCGUGGCAAUGCCACCAUGGAGAAAUGCAACCACAUCUUCGUGGACACGGGGCUGCCUGACCUGGCCGUGGGGCUCAUCCUGCUGGCUGGCUCCCUGGUGCUCCUGUGCACCUGCCUCAUCCUCCUCGUCAAGAUGCUCAACUCCCUGCUCAAGGGCCCGGUGGCCAAGGUCAUCCAGAAGGUUAUCAACACCGACUUCCCUGCCCCCUUCACCUGGGUCACGGGCUACUUUGCCAUGGUGGUGGGUGCUGGCAUGACCUUCAUUGUCCAGAGCAGCUCUGUGUUCACCUCGGCCAUCACCCCACUCAUUGGCCUGGGCGUGAUCAGCAUCGAGCGGGCCUACCCCCUCACACUGGGCUCCAACAUUGGCACCACCACCACCGCCAUCCUGGCUGCACUGGCCAGCCCCAGGGAGAAGCUGUCCAGCUCGUUCCAGAUUGCCCUCUGCCACUUCUUCUUCAACAUCUCGGGCAUCCUUCUAUGGUACCCAGUGCCCUGCACGCGCCUGCCCAUCCGCAUGGCCAAGGCGCUGGGCAAACGCACUGCCAAGUACCGCUGGUUUGCUGUCCUCUACCUCCUCGUGUGCUUCCUGCUGCUGCCCUCACUGGUGUUUGGCAUCUCCAUGGCCGGCUGGCAGGCCAUGGUAGGUGUGGGCGCACCCUUCGGGGCCCUGCUGGCCUUCGUGGUGCUUGUCAGUAUCCUGCAGAGUCGGAGUCCCGGGCGCCUGCCCAAGUGGCUGCAGACAUGGGACUUCCUGCCCCGCUGGAUGCACUCCCUGCAGCCCCUGGACCGCCUCAUCACCCGUGCCACCUUGUGCUAUGCCAGGCCCGAGCCCCGCUCACCCUCGCUGCCCGCCAGGGUCUUCCUGGAGGAGCUGCCCCCUGCCACGCCCUCCCCCCACCUCGCACUGCCUGCUCACCACAAUGCCACCCACCUCUAGGUCCAGAUCGCUGCCUGGGGCAGGGAAGGGUCUGCCCACGGAGCCCAGGACAAAAGGGCAGAGGGGGGUGAGUGUGCAUGUGUCUGUGCCACCCUGGGUGCCAGUCUGACCGUAUGCAGGUCCACAAAGGUCUGGGCAUGCAUGCAUGGGCACGUUCAGGGGUGAAUCUUUGUGUCUAUGUGUCCAUGUACAGAAGCUGGUAUUUGUGUACACGUAUGUGCCAGCUUAUGUGUGUACAAAUACACUGAUGGGAGGCUGUGUGCAGGGUGCAGUUAUCUGGGUAGGAUUCUGGGUCCCUUGCACGUGU